AUGGCUGAUGUAACAAGUGAAGUACAAAAAACUGCUGAAAACGGUGCACAAACUCAGAAUGUAGCUGCUUCAGUUAUUGCGACUACUCCCAAAAUAAAACAUGAUUUUUAUCAAACACCGACAAACGUUAUUAUUACGAUUCCGUUAAAAAAUAUGAGAAAAGAAGAAGUGCAUGUUCAGACAAGUGAGAAAACGUUAAAUGUUAGUGCAAAAUUGCCAUCAGGAAAUGAUUAUUCACUUGAAGUCAAUCUUGCUUAUCCUAUUGAUGAUAAGCGAACAGAAUUUACAGUCACAGCAUUUAAAAUCGAAAUAAAAUUGUUCAAAAAAGAUGCUAUUCAAUGGAUGACACUCGAUGCCAAAAAUAAGCCACAACAACCGCCAGCUAUUAUGAAUAAAUCGACUACUGGUGAAAAAACAUCGUAUCCAUCAUCAAGUUUAUAUCGUAAAGAUUGGAAUAAAGUUGAAGCAGAAAUUGCAAAAGAUGAAAAAGAAAAUAAAGAAGAAGUCGAUGCUAAUUCAAUAUUCUCUCAACUUUAUAAAGACGCAUCAGAUGAAACAAAGCGUGCAAUGAAUAAAUCCUAUUCUGAAUCAGGUGGUACGGUUUUAUCCAUGGAUUGGAAUGAAGUCAGCAAAAAAAAGGUUGAAUUACAAGCACCAGAUGGAAUGGAAUUCAAAAAAUAUGAUUAG